AUGACUAUUCUGAUAAAGAGUGGUAAACCCCAGGAAGCUAUUGCCAUUUUUGAAAAUCUGAUUGAAGCAGGGCAUCAACCAUCUUUAGCAGCAUAUACUACCUUGUUAAAUGCCUUGACCACUCAGAAGUGUUUCAAGCCUAUACAUUCCAUUGUCUCACUGGUGGAAGAAAAACAAAUGAAACCUGACUCAAUAUUUUUUAACGCUCUUGUAAAUGCAUUUGCUGAAUCUGGGAACAUGGAGGAUGCCAAGAAAGUUGUUCAGAAAAUGAAAGAAAGUGGAUUAAAACCUAGUACAUGCACUUAUAACGCAUUGAUAAAAGGAUAUGGGAUUGCAGGUAAGCCUGAAGAGUCAAUGAAGUUGUUAGAUCUUAUGUCAACAGAAGGAAAUGUGAAACCCAAUCUCAAGACAUACAAUAUGCUUAUCAGAGCUCUGUGUAAACUGAAGAAGAUGUCUGAGGCAUGGAAUGUGGUAUAUAAGAUGUCUUCUUCUGGAAUACAACCAGAUGCUGUUACCUUCAACACUAUAGCAACUGCUUAUGCUCAGAAUGGAAAGACUGCUCAGGCUGAAGCAAUGAUUUUGGAGAUGCAGAGGAAAGGUUUGCAACCCAAUGAGAGAACUUGCACCAUCAUCAUGAGUGGAUAUUGUAGAGAAGGUCAAGUAAAGGAGGCCCUAAGGUUCGGAUACAGGAUGAAGGAUUUGGGUUUGCAACCUAAUCUUAUUAUACUUAAUUCCCUGGUUAAUGGUUUUUUGGACAAGAUGGAUGAAGAUGGUGUCGAGGAGGUGUUAAAGUUUAUGGACGAAUAUCAGAUCCAACCAGAUGUGGUAACAUAUAGUAACAUGAUGAAUGCAUGGAGCCAAGCUGGACUCUUGGAAAAGUGCAAGGAAAUCUACAAUAAAAUGUUAGAAUCUGGUAUAAAGCCGGAUGUGCAUGCUUAUAGUAUUUUGGCUAAAGGUUAUGUUCGAGCACAAGAAAUGGAAAAUGCUGAAGAACUGCUAACUGUCAUGUCUAAAUCAGGUGUCCACCCAAAUGUUGUUAUAUUUACAAAUGUCAUAAGUGGAUGGUGCAGUCUUGGCAGAAUGGACAAUGCCAUGAGGGUUUUUGACAAGAUGGCUGAAUUUGGGAUCUCUCCAAAUUUGAAGACCUUUGAGACACUGAUCUGGGGAUACGCAGAAGCAAAACAGCCCUGGCAAGCAGAAGGCAUACUCCAAAUAAUGCAAGAGUUUCAUGUUCAACCCAAGAACUCAACCAUUUUGCUUCUUGCAGAAGCUUGGUGUAUAGCUGGACUGAAAGAAGAGGCAAAGACAAUACUUCGUACUGUAAAACCUGAGCAAAUUACCAAUUCAGUUGAGGAAGAGGAAAAUACACCAGCAAAAAUUUACCCAAAGCCACAUACUAAUGCUCCUUUCUGUAGUCUCUUACAGAUUCCAUCUAUAUCUUCCACUAAAGGUUCAGCUUUAACGUCUAGAAGAAAUAUAAGGCUCUUUAGAGAUGAGCACAAUAUAUAUGCAAGUAACAUUAUUCCUCGCUAUAUUCCAUAG